AUGGCUGGCGGCACCACACCUCUGUCUCCCAAAUCACAACAAGACCUCAACAUGGUCAUGCCAAUGCCUCCUCCUCUGCUGCAUACUCGUUCUGGCAACGAGAUGUACGAUCGUCCUCAGACCCCGUCAACCCCCGGAGGUGGUGUUGUCCAUGGCUUCACCAGCCCGGCACAAACUCCUCAAGGGAGUCCAAGUAAGAGACAAUUGCCUCCUGGAGCCAACGAUCUUCCCAAUGUGUUCGAAAAUGCCAUGAAGUUGGCUCCCACGUCGCCUACCAAGACGCAGCCAAAGUCUCCAGCCAAACAUGGUUUCUCAGGUGGUGAUGAGAGUGCGAGUGAAGAUCCCUUCGCAGACCCGCCAGCUCAGUUUUAUGGCCGUUCAGAGAGUCCCACGCGCCAAUCCAACAAAGAGAAUGCGCCCACUAGUGGCCUGGGAUAUGGUAAAGUCGUCCAACAAAAUCACGCUGCCCUCUCACGUCAAGAGCAAUACCGCACAGCCGAUUCCAAGAAGACCAUGAACACAACCAAAGGUCUUACCUCCGAGGAGCUGCAAAAGUUGCAACUGCCAAAGGUCAAACGACUGGCAAAUGUGACCCAGUUGUACUUCCUUGACUACUAUUUUGACCUGCUCUCGUACGUCCACAAUCGUCAGUCCCGAGAAGCUGCCUUCAAGGCCUCGUUCCCUGCUCCACCCGAGACACCCAGAGAAGAGUUCGAUGCUGCGCUCCACAAGUACCUCGGGCGUGAGCGAGCCAAUCUGCGCAAACGCCGCACUCGCCUCCGCCACGGUGACUUCCAAAUCCUCACACAAGUGGGCCAAGGUGGCUAUGGCCAGGUCUACCUCGCCCAAAAGAAAGACACUCGAGAGGUCUGCGCCUUGAAGGUCAUGAGAAAGAAACUGCUCUUCAAACUGGAUGAAGUGCGUCACAUCUUGACUGAGCGGGACAUCCUGACGGCCGCAAAAUCCGAGUGGCUUGUCAAGUUGCUCUACUCUUUCCAAGACGAAGAACAAAUCUACCUGGCAAUGGAGUACGUUCCUGGAGGUGACUUCCGAACCCUUCUCAACAACACCGGCGUUCUUCACAAUCGUCAUGCAAGAUUUUACAUCGCUGAAAUGUUCUCCUGCGUUGACGCCUUGCACACAUUGGGCUACAUUCAUCGCGACUUGAAACCAGAGAAUUUCUUGAUCGAUGCCACUGGACACGUCAAACUCACCGACUUCGGUCUGGCUGCUGGCAUGCUGAGCCCUAUCAAGAUUGAAAGCAUGCGCAUCAAACUCGAAGAAGUAGGAAACGCCCCUGUUCCCUUUGGCAUGCCUGCCGUUGAGGACCGCUCCGCCGAUCAACGUCGCGAGGGUUAUCGUUCCCUGCGUAAGAAAGACAUCAACUACGCCAAAUCCAUCGUUGGCUCGCCCGACUACAUGGCGCCAGAAGUUCUCAAGGGUGAAACCUAUGAUUUCACUGUGGACUACUGGUCUUUGGGUUGCAUGCUCUUUGAAGCACUAGCAGGAUACCCUCCGUUCGCAGGUGCCACUGUCGACGAAACUUGGCAGAAUCUCAAGCGCUGGCAACGUGUGCUCCGGAAACCCAUCUACGACGACCCCACCUACUUCCUCUCCAAGCGAACCUGGGAUCUGAUCACUCGCCUUGUUGCUGCCAAGGAUCACCGAUUCAAGUCCAUUUCCGAAAUUCACAAGCAUGAGUACUUUGCCGAGGUGGACUUCUCAAAGUUGAGAGAGCAGAAAGCGCCGUUUGUGCCGGAGCUAGAUUCGGAGACGGACGCGGGUUACUUUGACGAUUUCUCUAAUGAAGCAGAUAUGGCCAAGUACAAGGAGGUGCAUGAUAAGCAGAGAGCUCUGGAAGAGAUGGCGGAACGGGACGAAAAGAUGAACAAGGCUCUUUUCGUGGGAUUCACCUUCAGACAUCGGAAACCAGAUGCCGAAGGAAGCCCGCGGAAGAAGAUUGAGACCGAAGGUACGUUUGGGACAAUUUUCUGA